CUGUCUGCUUCGUCAUUAUCCUCACCUCGCCCUCAUAGGGAACAGAAUCUAAGUAUGCGAUUCUUUUCGAUCAUUGUGCUGCUCCUGAUUGUUUUCGAGCUCAGCUUCUCUCAACGCGUGUUCGAUAUGAUGGAUGAUCGAAGCAAUACUUACGUUGCCCUUCCAAGAGAAGCGUAUCCUUUCCGUCGGAAGAUGUUUCCGAACCCGUAUCGAGCUGUUGAUGACCGAUGGAAAAAAAAUGAAAACUUUGAAUGA